UUAAUCAUUCCUUCACUCUCGAACUUCCCCAAGUUCCCAAUCUUUCGCUGGCUUUCGCAUCUCCGCCAUGGAUCGAGCCCAGCUCCUUCUCCUAGGUUUGCCUCUCUUCCUCUUCGUCUCCGAUCUCUUCAGCCUCUUCACUCCUCCGCCGCCGAAACCGCCGUCCCACCACCACCACCACCACAGUCAACCCAAACCUCCAAUCAUCCAGGAAACCCUAGAUGUUCCUUUACGGAAACCCAGCGCUCUUGGAGGAAUCGGUUAUGGCAGCACCGUGAAUGUCAACUUUUGCGCUUCUUGCUCUUACAGGGGAACUGCGGUGACAAUGAAGAAGAUGUUAGAAACCCAGUUUCCUGGAAUUGAUGUAAUCCUCGCUAACUAUCCACCACCAUUGCCAAAACGUUUGCUUUCGAAAGUGGUUCCAGUUUUUCAAUUUGGAGUUCUAGGAAUUAUAAUGGCAGGUGAACAUAUUUUUCCUAUGAUUGGGAUUAUGACACCACCGCCAUGGUAUUAUUCUUUGCGUGCAAAUAGAUUUGGGUCCAUUGCAAGUGCUUGGCUACUUGGGAAUGUAUUGCAGUCUUUUUUGCAAAGCUCAGGGGCUUUCGAGGUUUACUGCAAUGAUGAACUGGUUUUCUCUAAACUGGAGGAGGGAAGGUUUCCAGGUGAGAUCGAGCUAAAAGAUCUUGUCAGCAAAACGUUGGCGAAAUCAACACUAACUGACAACGUUGGAGUGGUGUGGCCUUAGCUCGUAGGCUGGACAUAUGAGCUUUUCGUUUGAAAGUAAGCAGAGUUGUCGCAGGCUCGAGGUUGUCUACGAUUAGUUCUUAGAUUGGUGUAGCGAAAACAUCAAAAGAAAUGAGAGCAGGGUUUAUAUACUCUGUAUGGAACUUCCGUUUUCACUUAUCCCCACCACUUUAGAAACGAUCUCAGUUACAAAUGUCGAUACUUAUAAUUUUCCAGUACGUACCAUCCUCUAUAAUCAUUUAGUCAUUUGCACCUAGCUUUGUGCCACUGUCGUGGUGCUUCUUUUUCCUGCAUUGCAGUGUGUAUAAUGACUUGUUUCUAGAUGCGCAUGGGUCGGUUGUUUACUUGGUAAUGGAUAUGUGUAGACCUUACUGUGGAGCACAAGCAUGUUUCGGUAUCA